AUGGUCCCGUCGCCCAGUAGAACAAUUUACUACAGGGAAGAGAGAGGGAGGAAGAAAGCUAUCAACGGCGACGCGGCGGUCCAGCAGAUCCGUACUGCUCGGGGGAUCUGGGGGAAGGGAGAACCGGCGGGGGCCGCCUAUGCGUCGGUGAGGUGGGGCCCAGUAGGCGGUAGAGCAGGAAUGGCGGCGGCGGUGUUGGGGAGAGGGAGGUGGCGACCGGUGGUCGUCGCUGUGUUGAUGGUUGUUGCGGGGGUGGGCCAUGUCUUCGCCAACACGGAGGGUGAUGCUCUGUAUAACCUGCGUCAGAGUCUGAAGGAUAGCAACAAUGUAUUGCAGAGUUGGGAUCCCACUCUUGUUAAUCCUUGUACAUGGUUUCAUGUUACAUGUAACAAUGAUAACAGUGUAAUUAGAGUUGACCUUGGAAAUGCACAAUUAUCCGGUGUACUAGUGUCCCAGCUUGGGCAGCUGAAAAAUCUCCAAUAUUUGGAGCUUUACAGCAACAACAUAAGUGGGCCAAUACCUGCUGAACUGGGCAACCUAACUAGCCUGGUCAGUUUGGAUUUGUAUCUGAACAAGUUCACAGGAGUUAUUCCUGACAGCCUGGGGAAUCUUUUGAAGCUUCGAUUCCUCCGUCUUAACAACAACAGCAUGUCGGGUCAAAUUCCUAAAUCCUUGACUGAUAUCACUACUCUUCAAGUACUCGAUCUCUCAAACAACAACCUCUCAGGAGCAGUUCCAUCUACUGGCUCCUUUUCGCUCUUCACCCCUAUAAGUUUUGCGAAUAAUCCACUUCUUUGUGGUCCUGGUACCACAAAGCCCUGCCCUGGGGAUCCUCCUUUUUCCCCACCUCCUCCAUACAAUCCUCCAACACCACCAACUCAAUCAGCAGGUGCCUCUAGCACUGGAGCUAUCGCAGGUGGCGUUGCUGCUGGUGCUGCACUGGUGUUUGCUGUUCCUGCUAUUGCAUUUGCAAUGUGGCGCCGUCGUAAACCUGAAGAACAUUUCUUCGAUGUGCCUGCCGAGGAAGAUCCAGAAGUUCAUCUUGGUCAGCUUAAGAAGUUCUCAUUGCGAGAGCUUCAAGUUGCAUCUGACAACUUUAAUAAUAAGAACAUUUUAGGAAGAGGUGGUUUUGGAAAAGUGUACAAGGGGAGGCUUGCAGAUGGUACAUUGGUAGCGGUGAAAAGACUAAAAGAGGAACGUACCCCUGGUGGCGAGCUUCAGUUCCAAACAGAAGUUGAGAUGAUUAGCAUGGCAGUGCAUAGGAACCUUCUCCGACUUCGUGGUUUUUGCAUGACACCUACUGAACGAUUACUAGUCUAUCCAUACAUGGCCAAUGGCAGUGUUGCAUCACGUUUGCGAGAGCGUCAGCCAUCUGAACCACCCCUUGAUUGGGAUACCAGAAGACGAAUUGCACUUGGAUCUGCAAGGGGACUCUCUUACUUGCACGAUCACUGUGAUCCCAAGAUCAUCCACCGUGAUGUCAAAGCUGCAAAUAUUCUUUUGGACGAGGAUUUCGAGGCAGUUGUGGGUGAUUUUGGGCUUGCCAAACUUAUGGAUUACAAGGAUACUCAUGUAACUACUGCUGUUCGUGGAACAAUUGGACACAUUGCUCCUGAGUACCUAUCCACUGGAAAGUCCUCUGAGAAGACUGAUGUUUUCGGCUACGGAAUCACACUUCUGGAGCUUAUUACUGGGCAGAGGGCAUUUGAUCUUGCUCGCCUUGCAAAUGAUGAUGAUGUUAUGCUUCUUGACUGGGUGAAAGGAUUGUUGAAGGAGAAAAAAGUUGAGAUGCUGGUGGACCCAGACUUGCAGAGCAACUAUGAAGAGACCGAGGUGGAAUCGCUGAUCCAGGUAGCGCUGCUGUGCACGCAGGGCUCGCCAGUGGAGCGCCCCAAGAUGUCAGAGGUCGUGAGGAUGCUGGAAGGUGACGGCUUGGCAGAGAGAUGGGAGGAAUGGCAGAAGGUGGAGGUGGUCAGGCAGGAGGCAGAGUUGGCUCCUCUUCGCAACGACUGGAUUGUUGACUCCACAUAUAACCUCCGCGCCGUUGAACUGUCUGGCCCAAGAUGA